UUGAAAAGUACUACAAAACUUGAAUUAUUGAACCCUUUAGCUUGGACUAGAAAACCUUCAAUCAGUCCAUCAAUGGAAGACCGAAUGUGAAAACAAUAGUCUAUUACCACUAUGGAUCUACUUUCAAAUCUACCAUUAGCAAUUGCCUUGCUUUUAGCCUCACUCUGGCUGUACAAUCUAUGGAGAUCCAGAACCCAAAGACACAAAAUCAAGUCCAAGUCACCCCCUGAACCACCGGGGGCAUGGCCAAUCAUAGGCCACCUCCGUCUACUCCGCGGCCGGGCUCCCCUGGCUCGAACCCUGGGAGCCAUGGCCGACAAAUACGGUCCGGUCUUCUUGUUCCGGCUCGGAGUCCACCCUGUACUCGUGGUGAGCAAUUGGGAGUCUUUUAAAGAGUGUUUCACCACCAAUGACAUAACCUUGGCCUCACGCCCACAAAGCGAAGCAUCCAAGUACCUCGGCUACAACAUGGCCGGAUUCGGCUUCGCACCAUACGGCCCGUACUGGCGAGGCAUGCGUAAGCUAGUAGCGGUCGAACUACUCUCGGCCCAUCGUCUCGAGCUAUUUAAACACGUCCGAGUCUCCGAAAUCGAUUCCAGCAUCAAACAGUUGUACAGCCUCAGCAAAACUAAUCGGCCAGACGAGGAGGCCUUGGCGAUAAUCCCAUGGCUCGAGCAACUAACACUGAACAUAAUCACGAGGAUGGUUUCGGGCAGGAGGUACUUCGAUCGAACGGGCGCGCAGGAUCCGGGGGCGGGGAACUUCAGGAGGGUCAUAAAGGAGUUCAUGUAUCUGAGCGGGGUAUUCGUGUUGGCGGACGUGAUUCCGUUUCCGCCGCUGGCGUGGGUGGAUUUGGGGGGAAAAUUGAGGAAUGUGAAGAGGGUUAUGAGGGAAUUGGAUGGUAUUGUUCAGAGUUGGAUUGAAGAACAUGUUGGUGAGAGGAGGGGAGGAGAGAGAGAGGAGGACGAGGAGGACUUCAUUGAUGUGAUGUUGUCUGGGAUUGAUGAGGGAGGGAGUUGUGGGCACACAAGGGAAACCAUCAUCAAGGGAACAAUACUGAAUCUCAUCUUAGCUGGCUCCGAUACCACAUCAAUCAACUUGACAUGGGUCCUCUCCAACCUCCUCAACAACCGACCCGCGCUGACCCGUGCACAGGAAGAAAUCGACACCCAAAUCGGUAAAACCCGAUGGGUUGAAGAAAGCGACGUAAAAAGCCUAGUCUAUCUCCAAGCAAUCGUCAAAGAAACGCUUCGCCUCUACCCGCCGGGCCCGCUCUCUGUCCCACACCAAGCCACGGAAGAUUGCGAAAUAGGCGGGUACAACAUCCCGAAGGGCACUCGUGUGUUCCCCAACCUGUGGAAGCUCCACCGAGACCCGCGUGUUUGGCCAGACCCGGAAGAGUUUUUGCCGGAGCGGUGGUUGGCGGGCAACCAUGCAGCGGGGCUGGACGUUUCCGGGAAGAACUUUGAGUUCGGCCCGUUUGGGUCUGGGCGGCGGUCUUGCCCUGGGGCUACGUUUGCGAUGCAGGUGACGCAGUUGACGCUGGCGAGGUUGAUCCAAGGUUUUGAGCUCGCAACACCGGGAAACAAGGCGGUGGACAUGAGUGAAGGAUUGGGGAUUACCUUGCCAAAGGUAAGGCCGCUGGAAGUAGUGAUCACCCCUCGGCUUUCUUCGGAUCUCUACGAAGGCUAGUUCGCAAUUUUUAAGUGAGGCAUAUGUAUAAGCUAAUGUGCAACUAUUUCUUAUCUUGCCUAGGAGCAUCCGCAUCAGGAUUGCUACUCCACCCUUUAAACGAUAAUAACGAGCAAAACACCAUAAAUAAUGCUGCAUCAGACUCAGCUCUUGGCUCUUUAUUAUGAAGAAUCCGUAACUUUGCUACAGUCACUAGUUUAAUUAAACUAGCCACUGUUCACUCA